GUCCUACUUCACUACGGUCUAAUCGUGAAAUAGACUAUGCACUGGUACCUGGGGUUCAAGUAACAAUACGAGCUUACGAAGGUGAAACAACAAGCGACCACAAACCGAUAUUCUGCGUAAUAACAUGUGAAAAUAAGAAAGAAAAUAGUGGAAGUCUAAUAAGAUGGGACAUAUUCUAUUUCUUCUUAUCAUAUGUUCAUUCGUUCUAGGAGGAACAAUGGGCUCGAUAUGCAUACAAUGAAACGUAUACGUUGUUCAAUAAGUUCUUAGUAUUACUAGCAGCAAGAUGUACGAAACAAUGUCCUUUUGAAAAAGCUCGACCUGCAAUUCCACUUGAAUUACGAGCUAAGCUAUCCUACAGUAGAGCUUUGAGCUUUCGAGUAAAGAAAACGGGUGAUAUGAGAUUAAGAAAUGAAUCUACGUGUAUAAGAAAUCAAGUACGAAAUGAAUUGAAAAUAUUUCGACAACAUAAAUUAGCAGAACAAGUAAAAGCACGACAUAAACCUGGUCCUACUUCAAUGAUGUUUUGGAGCAGAACACAUAGCAAAACAGGUCACUUUUCCUGGGGCUGGUUUGCAAGAAAACGGAAUGCAUCAAUCGAUGGAGAAUUUAACGAGGAUCCCAGAUAUGCUACUCCUUUUCCUGGACAACUCUUAGUUUUUGAGAAAGAAACGAAAAACUGUUUUUGCGUGGAAACUAGCGCUUUUUAUUCUAUUCUCCCAUUUUUUUCUCGGCAUAUUUCUGCAUAUGUCUUUUCUUCUC